AUGCCUCCCCAUCACCACGACGAUGACGACGACGACAAACCCAAUUCACUCUCCGCUAAUGCCCGAUGGCUGCGUGCCUACCUUUACCACGGCUUUCGAGAUUGUUUUCGGAUUCACCGCAAGGAACAUACACAUCUAAAACCAUUUGACUAUCUCGGGUAUGUGCAACUCUUUCUGGCUAAAUUUCUCUUGGAAGUCUGUGGCGCUGGUGGAGCCAUUUGGGGAUCCUCCGAGAUUUUGGGAUUCCACUCGGCCAGUGGUAGUUCUGCCGCCGCCAAAGAAGCGUGGCGCAUUGUAUCACUCAUCGUCUGUGGCAUAUUUUUGGUGCGUUUUUGGUGGCACGCCAAACACUAUUUGGAACACGAUCGAGAAUUUCCACCCAUCAAAUUCAAACAUCGACGAUUGCACAAGUUACCCUUUGUGCAAAUCUUUUCCGCCAAGAUGGUAUUGGAAGUUUUGGGCGCCGCUGGAGCGAUUUGGGGACCCAGCGAUGCUCUCACGUUGCGGACUGCCGACAAUCGACGGUUGUGGCAAGUGGCCAGUGGACUCGUCGGAAUUGUCUUUUGGAUGCGAUGGAUAUGGCACAUCAUGGCGUAUUGUCUGUGUUGUCGUACUCGUAGACGAGGAGAUGUGGAUGAGGAUGCACAUCUACAUUGGUCACUUUUUUCCAUUGUGGGAUGGAUCGUCGAAGUGGUGCUGGUGCGAUUUGUCUUGGUCGUCUGUGGUGCCAUUGGAGCCGUCUGGGGAUUUGCGGAAAUUGUCACUCUGCGAACGCCCGAAAAUAGUGACCAAUGGCGACCCAUCUGCUGGGGUGUGGGAGUCAUUUUCCUCAUUCGAUGGAUUCUACAGACGUUUGCUUAUGCCACGGGAGGGUGGGAGGAGGAAAUGCCACCACCGGAUGAAUCUUCCAGAGAUUUAAAGGCUGUGAUGGAUGAGGAAGACCCAGAAUUGGCAGACACACCCGUGCAGACAUUAUCAGAGGAGGAUCAAGAAAAGUAA